GGAAUUCUCUGUUUCUAAUUCUAGGUCCUUCUUCAGUUAUCAGCAAUGACGACGAUUCGGCAAGUCCCCUCCAUCACAUCUCAAAUGGCAGCAACACUCCUUCUUCUUCUGAGGGCGGUCCAGAUGCAGUCAUCAUCGGUAUGACAAAGAUUCCCGUCAUUGAAAAUCCCCAGUACUUUGGGAUUACCAACAGUCAGCUCAAGCCAGAUACCUUCGUUCAGCACAUCAAGCGCCACAAUAUCGUUCUUAAAAGAGAGCUGGGAGAAGGAGCCUUUGGGAAAGUCUUUCUGGCUGAAUGCUAUAACCUCUGUCCCGAGCAGGACAAGAUCUUGGUGGCAGUGAAGACGCUGAAGGAUGCCAGCGACAAUGCCCGGAAGGACUUCCACCGUGAGGCAGAGCUGCUGACGAACCUGCAGCACGAGCACAUCGUCAAGUUCUACGGCGUCUGCGUCGAGGGCGAUCCGCUUAUCAUGGUCUUUGAGUAUAUGAAGCAUGGAGAUCUGAACAAAUUCCUCAGGGCACAUGGACCAGAUGCAGUAUUGAUGGCAGAAGGCAACCGUCCUGCCGAGCUGACCCAAUCCCAGAUGCUCCACAUUGCCCAGCAGAUUGCUGCUGGUAUGGUUUACUUGGCCUCACAGCACUUUGUGCAUCGGGAUCUUGCUACCCGGAAUUGCCUGGUUGGUGAGAACCUGCUGGUAAAGAUCGGAGAUUUUGGGAUGUCUAGAGAUGUGUACAGCACAGACUACUAUAGGGUUGGUGGUCACACCAUGCUGCCCAUUCGUUGGAUGCCUCCAGAGAGUAUCAUGUACAGGAAGUUCACCACAGAAAGUGACGUGUGGAGCCUGGGGGUUGUAUUAUGGGAAAUCUUUACCUAUGGCAAACAGCCAUGGUAUCAGCUCUCAAACAACGAGGUGAUUGAGUGCAUCACUCAGGGCCGAGUCCUGCAGCGACCUCGCACAUGCCCCAAGGAAGUGUAUGACUUGAUGCUGGGCUGUUGGCAACGGGAGCCUCACAUGAGGCUCAACAUCAAGGAAAUUCAUUCUCUCCUCCAGAACUUGGCCAAGGCAUCUCCAGUCUACCUGGAUAUUUUAGGCUAAUGCCUCCUAGUAUUUCUUCUUAUGGGCUGCGUGAAUGAAUGUCUUCAACUGCCGCUGAACUUCAUUAAAAUGUGUUCUUAACUUUGACAGUGUUAAUGACAAAGUUGUGGAGAAGCUUUCAAAGGGCAAGCGAUGUGCACUUCUCCAUCUGUAGACACUGUAUUGACUUUUUAGACAUUACUGAGACAUGUCUUUUUUCUCUCUCUCUCUGUCUUUCAGUUUCUAUUAUUUUUUUCCUCUCUCCUUUCUUUCUAAUCGAUUUGGCUUCUGCAUUAUUGUAACUCUGCAUAGACAAAGGCCUUAAAAACCUGAUCUGUUAUAUCAGCAGACUCUCCAGUUUGCCCACCACAACUAACAAUGCCUUGUAUUCAUGCCUUUGAUGUGGAUGAAAAAAAGGGAAAAAUAUAUUUGACUCGAACUUUGUGAUUUCUGCUGUACAGAUCCUGGAAGUUUCUAUGGAUUCACCUCAAUUUUUUGCUUCGGCAUGUGGGUGGAAAAAGAAGACUAGUGUUCUCUACACGAAGCAUAUUUCUUGUGGAGAUAAAGCCAACUGGAAAGAAAACGGCAUUGUGUGAUCCACUCUCUGGAGGAACUAUGGGAUCAGAUGGCAUCCAACCCCACUAAAAAAACACUGAAACGAUUUGAUGGAAGGCAAGAGAGGAUUUAGCGCUUUCCCUGGAGAGUCUUUCUGAGGAGUAAAGGGAUUGUUCAAGGAGGUGCUUGGCCAGCACUUUUCAUUACCAGAUGCAAGUCUAUGGUAAAAGGGAACGAGAUGCUGCCUGCACUGCACACAAAUAUGUUACGUCACGAUAAACAAAACAUAUGCCCUUAUUUUGUCUUCUGGUAGGAUAUUGUCAUGCCACUGGUAUAAAAGUGUUCUCCAGCUCGUCUUUGGUAAUAAAGGCUGAAGCUAGGCUUAUUAAUGGACAGUAUUAAUUUAAGAAUCAAGUGCUGAAAUUAAGGAUUCUGUUAAGAUAGGACAAACUAUUGAUGCUGGGGCAGGUGUAUCUUAUACUGUGCUUGUCCAGCAGCAUAUUCCUUCCUUUCUCAAUCCUUUUCCUUUUCCUUUUCUUUCUUUUUUUUUUUUUAAACCACGAAGCCAAAACUGAGCGUGGUCUUUGUCGAUUAAUGCCCUUUGUGCAGAAACUCCUUUUGUAGUAUAGCCUUGUAGGCAUAGCAAACUCAUAAUGGUAUAACUUGUAUUUCAUUAAAUGGGGUUAAUGGAGGACAUAAGCUAUGUUAAAACACCUUUACAAUGUUACAGAUGUAAUAGGCUGAUAUUACAUGAGUAAUCUAAAACAGGGAGAUCACUGGUUAUGUUUGAGCCAUGGCAG